ACUCUUUUUGAAAUUGAAAAACAAACCGAAUGGAAUUAGAAGCGGUGCUGGCCGUGUACGGCGACGAUUGUGCAAUUCUCGAUUCUUUCCCUCCUCAUCUUCACCUCCACAGCAAACCCAGAACCGUUGAUAUCUCCUCUCAACAGGUCCACCACUCUCUUUCCCCUUCUUUUACUUUUGGGGUCUGCUUAUUUUUUGGUUUUGAAGAACAAAAUUCGAGAAAACAUUUUCUGGGAAAUAAAAACGAUUCUUAUCAAGGAAGCUGGUUGUUAAAAGUUGAUAGUGCUGAUUCCUUUGAGCAAACCCAUUUAUUUAGAAUAAUGAUUCUAAUGUGUUUAUUGUAUUUUUGUAGAAUAUUUUUGUGUAAGGAUAUAAGUGAGGUAUUGGGACUAUUGGCACUAUAUCCAAGCGAACCUCUACAUAUUGAUCUCAUAGAAUCCAAGGGUCUUGAUGGAGAAAGGCAAAAACAAUUUAUAACUAGUGGACAACACAAAGCAUGUGAACUUUCCUCUUGUUUGAUGCUUGUAGCACUUUGCGAGGAAGUGGUGGAGAAGCUCUCUGUUAUGAAUCACCGAGAUGGUGAUUGUCCUCUGUGUUUGUACCCUUUAGUCCCAGAUGAUGAACAACAUGAAGCCUUGGCAUUUAUGAAGUUGAUGUCUUUAUUGGAAGGAAAAAGGGGUAACUGUCCAGUUGACAGAAGGGUUUUCCAUGCCAAGGGUUAUGAACAUGUGCUUGACUCGAACUCAAGCUUCUCAAUCGGUAUGCCAUCAAAAUGAUUGGUAUACAUCUGAAGUGUAUUUACCAACAGUUUGAACUGGUAAUAGCUGCUUCCAUGAUAAAAACUUCUAAUGAACCCUGUCUGUUCAAUUCCAUCACCUGUUGUUUGUUUGGUGGAUUCUUGUUCAUUCAAAUGCAGCAUAGUAUUUACCGAUCUGUGUUGAUCUCAGAAUUCUGGAGCAGAGGUCAAAGAUAAGGAGAUGAUCCUUCAUUCUGAUUUAGAGAACUUAUAUUUACUGUUUUUAAAUUAUUUUGAUAUAUUUAUAUCAAAAAUAAAUUUAAAAAAUAAAAAAAAUAUUAUUUUAAUAUAUUUUUAAAAAUAAAUACUUUAAAUUUUUUUGCAUAUCUUCCACAACAAGCACAUCAUCUGCUUAGGUGUUAUUUGUUUUUGUGUUUCAAAAGUGUUUUUGAAAAAAUUUGAAAUUUUUUAAUUUUUUUCUUUGCUUCAAAUUAAUAAUUUUUUUAGUGUUUUUUGAUCAUUUUAAUGCUCUGAUGUUAAAAAUAAUUUUUUAAAAUUAAAAAAAUUAUUAUUUUAAUAUAUUUUUAAAUAAUUUUUUUUUUUAAAAAAAAUUUAUUAGAGAAAGCAGUUAGUACAAAAAUCGAUGGUUCAUUAAAUAGACCUCGUGCCAGAAAGCCCAGGAACUCAGGCAAGAGGAAGCAGAGAGUACAAAAUUCAAGAAGAUCAGUCAGUCAGUGGGUCAGAAGAGAGAAUGGUACUGCAGACUAAUUAGAAGGAACAGAAAUUGUGGCUUCUUUUUUGAAAUUGGUUUAUGCUAAAAUAUCUAGGGAAUUGAAUAUUCAUGCGAGCAAGCGAGAGAGAUGCAAGCUUGCGAGGUGCAGUGUGAUUUGUUAUGUUGGUGAAAAUCAGCUAUCAUGUGUAUUCCUUUCUUCCAUGGUGCCGCUAUCUGUAAACCGAUAAACCUCAACCAUCAUCGAUUUAUUUUUUUGAACUUGGUUAUUUUCUUAGAUAAUAUUCCUUUUCUUUUC